GAGGGAGUGAAUGUUCCGGGUCAGAAACUGGACGGGAGAGGAAAUUAACUCCGGGACGACGCGAAAAAAACGAGAAUGCUUCCCUCUUCUACACGGAGAUGUAGCCUUGUGUUUUGAACGCUAAAGAGAGGGGCGUUAAAGCGGCGUGAGACGAGGAAGCAAGCGGAGAGAAAAAAACAGGUGCCUACAAACUAACCAAAGUGAGACAACGACGGAGAAUAAUUCCCAUGUUCGUCGCGACUCGACUUACUUACAGUUGGAGUUUCGGUGUUUACUUGGCUGUGAGUUUCGCUUCAAUUGUGUUUGACGGCGUAUUUUAGACCCGGACUGUCCCGCCAUAGCAAUCUGUUGCAUCCCCCCCAGUCCUCCCCGCUGUUUGUUUGUUUGUUUAUCGCACGGGUACGAGAUUUAUCCCCACCUCCCCCGUGAUGUUUCACUGUAUCCCCCUGUGGCGGUGCAACCGUCAUGUUGAGAUGAUCGAUAAACGCCACUGCUCCCUGCUGUAUGUGCCCGAUGAGAUUUAUCGCUACGGACGGAGUUUGGAGGAGCUGUUGCUGGAUGCCAACCAACUCAGAGACUUACCCAAGCCAUUUUUCCAGCUGGUGAAACUAAGAAAACUUGGCCUGAGUGACAACGAGAUCCAGAGACUUCCACCAGAAAUAGCCAACUUUAUGCAGCUGGUAGAACUGGAUGUCUCUCGAAAUGAUAUUAUGGAAAUUCCAGAGAGUAUUUCAUACUGCAAAGCCCUCCAAGUGGCAGAUUUCAGUGGGAACCCAUUAACAAGGUUACCUGAAAGCUUUCCAGAGCUACGGAAUCUAACAUGCCUUUCCAUCAAUGAUAUUUCAUUGCAAGUUCUUCCAGAUAACGUUGGGAACCUUUCCAAUUUGAUAUCACUAGAGCUCAGAGAAAACCUGCUGACAUUCCUACCAGAGUCACUUUCUAUGCUGCACAGACUUGAAGAGCUCGACCUAGGAAAUAAUGAACUAUACAGUUUGCCGGAGUCAAUAGGCUGUCUUGUCAGCUUGAAGGACUUGUGGCUGGAUGGAAACCAGUUGUCCGAAAUCCCCUCAGAGAUGGGAAGUAUGAAGAGCCUGUUGUGUCUGGAUGUAUCAGAAAACAAAAUGGAGCGACUCCCAGAGGAGCUGGGCGGCGUGACGUCGCUCACUGACCUGCUGGUGUCUCAGAACCUCAUCGAUGCUCUACCAGAAAGCAUCGGAAAACUACGGAAACUGUCUAUAUUGAAAGCUGAUCAGAACAGGCUAACGUAUCUUCCAGAGAGCAUCGGUAACUGUGAAAGCCUCACUGAACUGGUGCUCACAGAGAACCAGCUACAGAGUUUGCCGAGGAGUGUUGGGAAAUUAAAGCGACUUUCCAACUUCAACUGUGAUAGAAACCAGCUAACGUCAUUACCAAAGGAGAUUGGGGGCUGCAGCGGUCUGAAUGUCUUCUGUGUACGUGAGAACAGACUUACGAGGAUACCGUCAGAGCUGUCGCAAGCCACAGAGCUGCACGUGCUAGACGUCUCUGGAAAUAGGCUCACCUACUUACCGCUGUCCCUGACCACGCUACGGCUGAAGGCCUUAUGGUUGUCAGAAAACCAGUCGCAGCCACUGCUCACCUUUCAGACUGACGAGGAUCCUAACACAGGAGAGAAGGUGCUCACCUGCGUGCUGCUGCCUCAACAGCCAUGUGAACCAGACAAUAAAGGCUCUGAUAAUCUUGCCCGCUGUGAUGCCCUGGAGAGCCUAGUGAACGACAUGGUAGACGACACGUGGGACAACAAAGCAAUGAACAGGAUCAGUGCAAUUCACUUUCUGGAUAACGAUGAUGAGGAGGAGGAUGACGAAAAGGGAACACUACUUCGACGGGCCACGCCUCACCCCGGCGAGCUGAAAACGAUGAAGAAAGCAGCCGAGAACCUUCGCAACGACCUGAACGCUGCCAAAGGCCUGGACUCCAACAAAAACGAGGUCAAUAACGCUGCAGAAGGAGUGACCACGUCUGUGUGACCUUUACCUCAGAAAUGUUUUUUACCUCCUGUGUCUCGCCGUGUCGUCCCGCACAACCCCCGCAGCCCUUAUUUUUUUUUCUUUUACCUACAAACCCCGGUGUGACCUACCCCUCCUCCGAUUAAACCCUGGGACGCCUGUAACCUUACUCCAUCUCCAGUCCUGUGUAACGUGUUUGACUCAGUCUACCGGGGCCGCCGUGCCUUCGUCUUUCUAAUUAAUGUCCACAGCAAUAAUCUGCACAGAGAUGCUCCUUUUAAACAGAUAUUUUAAAGAUUUAUUACUUUUAUAAAUGGUUCUUUUUAAAAACAUACACAAGGUAGUUGCACUAUUAUAAGUCUUUAUAAUAUGGUCAAGCCUUCGUAAAUGUGUUAUAUAUUUGUUCUAUAUUUUUAAAACACUGGGUGAAUACUUUUUACAUUUUUGGGCAAACAUUAAAGCAGGAGUUUUUGGACCUACUGAUUAAGGAUUAUUGUAUAGUCUCUUGUGAAUAUUGAUACUUUUAUACUUUUUGGCAGCUCAGAUGUAAAUAAAAAUGUAUAGCAAAUUUCUUAAUCAGUUGCAGAUUUUUAAACUUUUUUUUCCGAACUUGGUACUUUUUUCUUUCUUUAAAAAAAAAAAAAAAAAAAUCAAAGAAAUAAACAAAACGCAGUCACUGAUGUCUUAUUCAAUCCAUAUAAUUGUCAUUGGGUGAGUGGAUGGCCUUGAAUUUUCCUUCUGUUCAUCUGUAAAACAUCUAGACCUAUUUUUGGAUAAUAAAUACAUUUGAUUCACUAAUUUAGUUUGGAUUUAAGUACUGCACAUCAACCUUUAAUUACUCCUCUGCAGCGUAAUUGUGCAGAAGUAACAAUGCUGUCUUAUUUAUAUGUGCUGUGCUUCACUGCUUUGCAAUGUUUGUUUUUUUAAAUAGAUGCCAAAAACAGUUGUAUAUUUUCAAAAAGUUUUCUUUCCCUUUUAACAAACAGUACUGUAAAGAAUAAUCAUUGCAGGUUUGGUGAGAAUGAGGUUCGUACCACAAGGAUGGCAUCCUUUAAAAAUGCAGUUGUAAGGAGUUCCACUUUAAUGCACUUCUCUGCGUUUCCUAAAUUCUUUUACAUGGUACAUGAUAAUUUGUAUUAUAUUGCUUUUAAACUGAUUGCAAAAAGCGGACCAGAGAAAUUGGUUCAAGUGUUGGUUUUUAUGUUUUUAAUUAUUUUCUGAUCAAACUGCACAAAACAAAUCUCAAAUGGGCACUGUGCCUGAGAUUUGAAUGACUUUUUAACCACUGAUCAAUAAAACGAGUGCAACACUAAA